AUGAUGUAUGAAUGGAGAUACUAUUACUAUGGAAUAAGUGUAGAUCAAUCGGAAAAAUCGAACAUUAAUUUUUAUAUUAUCGCCCUUUCUUUAUUUUUUUUCUUUCUUGUAUUCGCUUUUUGGUUUAAAGUUGUUGGAUAUUCUCCUCUGACACACGCACGGACAGACACCCACCCACCCUGUAGCACGAUUCGAUUUCCGACCUUUCUCGUGCAGUGUCUUUACCAUAUCCGGUCUCAUCUUACUAAUCAAUUACAUCACUAUACUGUUUUGUGCCCCCCAAAUCCGGAAGUUUCAACAUUUUAUAUACCGAUACACCUUUCUGUAAAAAAUUUAUCAAUUAUAUAUAUAUAUUUCUUUUAUCCAAAAAAAAAGUUAUAUUAA